UAUAUUAUAUUGAAAUAAACAAUUCUCCUCAUUUAAUGAGUAAUUAGUAGUCGUCACGUCAUCAAUCAACAGGUGGCUGAACUGGCGUUCCUCACAGCGGCGUUUUAUUUACUUCCUCUAUGUCACAUUUAAGCUUCAAUAGUUAUAAUGAAGCGCUUGAGUCUGUGUUUUUGUUGUUCUUUGUACUUGCUUGCCAUACCCUACGUAGCCAAAGUUUACACUUAUGGGACCGGGGCUCAUCUAGAAUAUAGCAAUGUCGUAUCCACGGAGCAGAAAGUCCGUGACAUGCAACCCGUGCCAGGCGCGGUCAGGCCGUGGACAGGAGACAGUGAGUUUAUGAAGAAGAGCCCUCCGGUUAUGCGACCAUAUCAUGUGUUCCCAAUGUUCCAACAUGUUCCAGUUCCUCUCGCUGACAAGGAGCUGUUCAGACCGGUCUCCGGGAGAAGACACUUACCAAACCGUUUGACUAGCCUUCUAGUUCCUCAAAUGAACCCUCAGCUAAUCCAAGUGUCUCCAGUGCGCAAUGCUCGUGGUGUGGAGGUGUGGUGUGGUUACAGUAAGAUCUCAGUGCGCAUGAAUAAGAAUCUGCUGGGCUUUAGAGGUUCACAGUCUUUAUUUCAUCUGGGAACAUGUCCUGUCUCUCGGUCUGACGAGAACUUCCUGUAUUUUCAUUACGACCUCAAUGACUGCGACAGUUCUUUAACGAUGAUGAAAGGCCAGAUCAUGUAUUCCAACACGGUGCACUACACACCAGCAGAGCCUCCAGGGACAGUCAUCCGAGCUGUGCCCCUUACGUUAAACAUCCAGUGCCUAUACAAUAGAUUUCAUUAUUCCUACAAAAUGGGCUUCCUGCCUGUGGCGAGGGAGCGCGUGUUUCAUAAGACUUUUGAACGCAGGGCCAAGUUUAGUCUUUCGGUGUGUAAUGAACGCUGGGAAAGACUUGAGGGAAAUGGGAGUUUUGUGCUUGGGGAGCCCAUGUAUUUUGAAGUCAGUGCUGCUUUUACAUCCAAGGACGAAAGGAUUUUUGUUGACUCCUGCUAUGCAACAGCAUCAAGAGACCCAAAGUCUAUUCCACAACACAAUGUAAUUCGUAAUUAUGGGUGUAUGGAGGACAGCAGAAGACAAGGAAGUCUCUCACGCUUUCUCCAAAGACAGUCGAACAUUAUAAGGUUUUCAGUCGAUGCCUUUUUACUCCCCCAAGUUACUGGCAUGCACUUUUAUCUACAUUGCACAAUAUCGGUUCACAGUGAUACUACAAGUGCCACAGCAAAGUCAUGUACCUAUAAUAAUGUAGAGAGAAGGUGGGAGGAACUCUACACUGAUGCAUCUGUUUGUGCUUGUUGUGAUUCCACGUGUGAAAUUGAAUCAACUUCUUCAAUGCCCCAUGAGACACAAUCUAUAACAAGCAAACCCUGGAUUUUAGACAACAACGAACAGUCCUUUAUAAAAUUUAAGAAAGGACGGAUCAAUGUUCAGGAGGACACAGAGGAGGUGAAGUUCAAGAGCGCAGAAGAAAUCAAUGAAGAGGAAGAUGAUGAUUACAAUGUAGAGAUUGUGACUAAUACAGAAGAACUAAUAGAAGCAAAACAGAAGAAUAAAAAGAUGCCCAUGAAUGAUUUAGAUGAGGAUGUAGAAGUAAUUGUUGGGACUGUGGAAACAACUGCUACAGAGUUAAAAAAUGAAAAGGGUGAUCAAUCUGGAAAAGUAAAGCUUGUUGGGGAGAAGAUGAACAAGGUUGUAAAGAUUGGAGAGGAUGCUGGGAGACAAAAGAGCAAUAUUACAACUGAUAUUGUUGAACAACCUAAAGUUCAGUUGAUAGAAGAGCUUCUGGAAGAUGUUCAUGAUGACCAUGCAUCCAGCAAGAGUGGAGCAAAUGAAAUGAUUCAUAUUACCAUAGAAGAACUGUCCGAAGAUAAAAUACAGCGUUUUGAGAAGAACAUGCAUGUACAAAGUACAAUACCAUCACCAAUGAUGAUGGAUGAAGAGAUAUUUUUAAAUGCCAAACAUGAACCAAAGGAGUGGAAUCAAGAUGAACAUUAACGUAACCAAAUGUGGGAGAAAUAAAGGACUGACUUGGAGGUCAUUUCAGGGUCUCCAAGCAAGGCUCCUUGAUUGACUUUUUUGGAGUUGCAUCAGUGGAGCAAAAGAUAUUGGCAUACUUUCUUAUGGAUUCAACUGAAUUCAAUGUAUAAGAAGUCACUUUUUCUGUACUUGUAUUGAAAUUUAUGCAUUCAUGCAUUCUUCAAAGUUGACUGUAAUGCCAUCAGAAUAUAAAAACAUUUUUGAUUGAU